AUGUGUGGGUUUGAAAAAAAUGAGCCAUUACAAAUUUUAUUGGAGGAUAAUUGGAGGUAUGAUUCUGCGACCGGCAAGACUCUUGGACCAAUAUUUGACAGCGAGUUGGAAAGUGGUGUGAAUGAACAAAUCAAUUAUGAACUUUCUGCUCAUUAUACAUACUUGUCAAUGUCAUAUCAUUUUGACCAAGAUGAGUAUUACCUGCCAGGAUUUAGCAAGUUUUUCAAGGAAAUGGCAGAGGAGGAACACGAACAUGCGCAAAUCUUUAUGAAAUACCAAAAUAAACGUGGAGGAAAAAUUCGGCUGAACAGUAUUCCUAGUCCUUGCAACGAUGGAUAUUGGGGAAAUGGGACAGAGGCAAUGAAAUCAGCGCUUCGUUUGGAACAAUUGAUCAACGAACAUCUAAUCAAUUUACAUUCCCUUGGAGAGGAAAAAGCGGAGUCACAGUUCCUUGACUUCUUAGAAUCAAACUUUCUUGGCGAACAAGUGGACAGUAUCAAAGAAAUAUCCAAUUACGUUCAUAUCUUACGGAAAAUCGACUCUCCCUUGGGAGAGUUUCAGUUUGAUCAGUUGACUCUUGGUGGUGCCUGUGGCCGACAAGAGUGCAAGUCUAGAACAUAGUUGAUUUGUUUUGUUAUUUUUUAGUAGAUAUACAUUGCAACAAUCAUUGUAGGGGAUAAAUAACAUAUUAACUAAAUUGGCAAUUAGUUAAUUUACG